GGAGACGCGGGAGGCGUUGCGCGAGCCGAUGCCCGGGCGCAGGCGGGAGGGCGUUGGGCGGCGCGAGGACAUCGUGGGGGACGAGGAGGAGGCUCGGGGCAUUGGCAUUAAUAUAGCAGCCGGGUUAUCUUAUCGGCCUCUGCCUCGCACACCCAUCAUGUCGCACACCGUCGACAUCCCCCAGGCCCUCAAGGACUCCCUCCGCAACUUCCGCUUCGCCCGCAGAAAUGCCGGCCACGCCGCGAUGGUCGUCCGCGUCAACAAGCAGAAGCUCGUCAUGGAGGAGGUCGACACCUUCGACGACAUCUCCCCCGAGGACCUAGCAGACGAGCUCCCCGAAAACUCCCCGCGCUACGUCCUCCUCUCCUACGAGCUCGCCCACCCCGACGGGCGCAAGUCCUUCCCGCUCGUCCUCAUCAACUGGGCCCCCACGUCCAGCGAGAUCGGGCUCCUCACCCUCCACGCCUCUGCCUUUCUCGACUUUCAGAACACCGCCGACGUGAGCAAGGUCAUCGAGGUCCGCGACGGCGCAGAGGGCCUUACCAAGCAGGUCAUCGACUCCAAGCUCAAGGUCCUCUAGCCGUCCCGUCCGCAUAUUCUCCAUAUCAGGUUAUAUCGGCUGCUUUCCUCUCACAUCUGUAUCCGUAUCACUUGUACCAAUCGGAGGUCUCGGAGAUAAUAACAUUACCCCU